AAAAAAAGAGAAAUUACAUUUCAUUUGUGUCAACUUUCAGUUUCAAGUGUAUGUAAACAAAAGUCUUUCUUUUUAAUCCUUCUGAAUCUGGACAACUGACAAAGGAGACGAAUGUUUCUUUUGAGCCUCAUCCCAGUUUUAGUUUGUGUCAGUCACGCCAGGGUCAGGGAAGCUCAUCCGGAAAUCAAUUCGACCAUGGGAACACAGUUUCUUUUUGCGAUUCCGGACCUACUGCACGCGAAUGGCAUGGCCUAUCUGUAUAUUUUCUGUGUUGUUAAUCCACUCACAUUGGUUAGUGUAUUCACCUACGGACCGAACUUCAACACAACUGUAGUGCGGUUACAAGUGAUCAAAAAUGAUUUUACAGUUUAUUCUAUUGAUGUCCCAAAAGGGAUCUCUCCAAUCGGUAAAAAAACUACUUACGAGGUAGCAGCCGGAGUGGCGCUGGGCCUGUAUAUUGUCCUGCAUGCGAACCCACCCAACGUAGCUGUAAUAACGAUGAUACCAUUAAGCUCCUGGGGCCGUGAAUAUUUUGCGAUGACGCUAAUGUCAACCCCAACGAUAAUCGUCACUACGAAUAAUGACAACCGUAUAAAUGUCCUACUCAAGAUAACCACUGCCGUAGGCUCGGAUAAGCCGUCGUCCUCUGAGAUUCACUAUGGGAACGAAGUAUAUACCAACGGGGACUCUCUCAAGAUUAAUUUACAACAGAAGGAAUCGUUUUCUGUGUCCAUGUGUAACCCAGCAGACAAAUUUGGUUCAUUAUUAGGCACCAGAAUUAUGGCAAAGGAGCCAGUGGGUGUGAUAUCUGGCAGCUGUCUUUCUGAGACAUUAUCGGUCACAUGCAACAACGACAGGGAAAUUAUUUCAACAAGCCAAGAUAUGGCAGUAGAAAACAUUCCCCCUACGGAGUACUACGGGACUGAGUUCAUUAUGUUUAUCAUCCCCAAUCGAAUCGCCCAGGGAGAGAUCACGGCCUUCGCCAGCAACGACAUCACGAACGUGACCUUGGCAGGCGAGAAGGGAGCUCGAGGGGAGAAUUUUUUUCUGGCAAAACAAGGCGACGUACACAUUAUACGCUACAACAGUAUUCGCCUGAUCACCUCCACUCGACCUAUUAUGAUGCUCUUUACCCUUGUGUCUGCUUGUGUCAGUACGUCAGCAGCGGCAUCACAAGACAUUGGAGAAGCGGCCUUGACCCUCGUUGUUCCUAUGAGAUUAUACUUUUUUAUAUACCUAUUUAGAGUUCCAGAACACCUUUUCACAAAUCCAGUGGCGGUUUUGAUAUAUAGAAAAAUCGCCUUGUCCAACAUAACAAUGGAUGGCGAACCUAUCUCUAGACUAUCACAUACAACUCAGGUUACUGGAAAUGAUAAGUGGCAGAUCUCCUACUACAGAAUCGAGUCAACGGUCACCCAUGUCUGUCAGGCUCACGAGACUUUGGCUUUCGGACUUUACGUAUAUGGGUUAAGCCCAUCGUAUGCUUACAUGUUUCCUGUGGGCUACAGAACACAAGUUAUCAAUCCGAAAAAUAAAUCUUGCGUUAUUACGAUACCAGUACCCGAUGACUUAAUCGAUAAUGAUUGUGAUGGUAGGAUUGACGAGGAGGAAUACGAUUUUCAAGAUGAUGAUUUUGAUUCAAAAAUAGAUGAGGAUAUAUUUAUUAAAUUAGUCAAUGGUCAGUGGGGCCGUUGGAGUGAGUGGCAGUGUUCAAACCAUUGCAAUCAAACCAGCAAAGAAAGACGCAGAAACUGUGACAACCCUCCCCCUUCUAACGGUGGCAGCCAGUGUACGGGGAAGUCUUUUGAGAGACAGCCACACAAUUGUUACGAGGAAACCCUGUGCCCAAGCAAUUGUCCUUCCCAAAAGUGGUUUGAAGACUGUGCGAAGAGCUGCUACAAAUGUCUCGGCGAUUGUGACAAAUUUACAGGGCGGUGCUUGUCCGACACUUGCCAAGCAGGAUAUUUCGGCAGUAGGACGGGCUGUACCCAAGAGUGCGAUGAACUGACUUUUGGCCCGAACUGCAACGGAAGCUGUGAGGAGAAAUGUGGGGGGCCUUGCAGAAAUAAAAUCACAGGCGACUGCCCUCACAACGAUUUCAAGACUCUAUCUGUAGUGUUACUAGUCAGCACUUUGAUCUGCUUAUUUUGCUUCUGUCAACCUUCGCAGAAACAUCACCACGAGGGCGAGGACAGUUCUUCCUCCUACUCAUUCUCUACGAGUGAAACCUCACCGACUGAUAUUCACGAAAUGGAAGAGGGACACCCCCCAGACAAGGAAAGAGCGGCCCCACAUUCCCAUCGUCACCAUCGCCACCAUCACAAAGCGCGGCAUUUACAUCCGAAAGCUGGUAGGAUAACAAGGAAGAUACUAUCUGUAACGAAGCUAAAAUCAAAAAAUACAGCCGUGUAGUCUUCAAUUCAACAAUUCCGAUUUUGUGUUUUAAUGCUGUCUGGAUUAAAUCUCAUUUAU